GCAUCCUGUCCGUGGCUGCUUACUCGACUCGACGUUGGUAAGCGAGUGAUGCAUGAGUCCUUUGCGGAUGAUAUUCUUACUCCAACACGACCCCAGAAGGAAUUAUCGCAGGAAACUUUUCGCGAGCCACAUUGCAUCACAUCUCCCAUCAUGCCAUCUCUGGGAUGCGGAACCUGUCGAGCUCGUAAAGUACGCUGUGACCAAACCUAUCCGACAUGCAAUCGAUGCAUCAAAGCAGGGCGGCACUGCAAAGGCUACGACAUGCAAUUGUCUUGGCCGCGUCGGGAUGAUACCCGACGGGCUAUGGUUGGUCCUAGACCGCGCCUCAAGGGGAGACAGUUCGAGCACCGAUUGGUGAAUACUACCUUUACGGAUAUCAAGCUCCACGAUCUAGUAUCUACAUCAGAUAAGACUUAUGGAGUACACAUGCUGGGACUGGUUGAGGUUCCCCUUGGUCCUUCUGAUGCAAGUCCUCUUGAGGCAUCUGGACCGCUAUCAUUGAUCAAAGGGCCGGCGGUGGGACCCAUAGCACGACUCAGUCCAACCGACCAGAGAUCGUUUCAGUACUUCGUACAGACAGCCUCUUACUCCAUCACGUCCUUCGGCCAUAAUGCUCCAAGAGUCCGGGAACUGCUCAUCCGGAUAGCUCUAUCGGACUUUUCACCUUCAUCAACUGCAGUUCUCAAAUCUGCUUUAGCACUCACAUCCUUCCAUCGUGAUAAGCCACUUCAAGCAACAGCCCAGUAUAAAAUAGCCGCCCUGAGAAAAUUAGCAGAGUCAACACAGGGGCAUAUCAGCGUGACAGAUUCAGCAUGUCAUAUCGCAGCUGGUAUGAUACUAAGCACGCUAGAGAUCCAGCAAAACUCCAUGAAGUCAAGCCAUUGGCUGUGGUAUGCUUGUGGCGCUACCAAGAUCGUCAAGACUGCUGGGCUAGAUGUAGAUGACCUGGACCACGAUACGGCUGCUCUUGUGGGCUGGGUACACUACUAUAAUACCUUAUCUAGGUUCAGUCUACGUCAUUGGCAGCCACAUGUCACUCUUGAUCCUGGUGAGGCUGCUGAUUCGUUUCAUCCAGUUGUAUGCGGUAACGGACAGCCUGAAAGUCUCACAGGAGCACCGCAUGAGAUAUUAUAUCUUCUGUCAGAGGUAUUCAACGCUGUGACAGUACCUUCUGACCCACGCUACGAAACGAAGGCUCAUAGAAGCCAUCUUGAAAUACUAGAUUGGAAACUACGCAACCUUGAGAAAACAGCCCAGGACACCAACGUUUCUGCUAACGCGACGCAUUCAGCAUUUAAUCUAGUCGUCGAGCUGUAUCGUCUAUCCACUUUGAUCUAUCUCAGACGAGCUUCCGCAGGAAUUCUCCCAUUAGAUCAAAAAUUCACCAUAUGGGUCGGACAAGCAUUCGAGUUACUUGAACAACUACCUGCCUGCCAAUGGCCAUUUCCUCUGCUCAUCUUUGGCUGUGAGGCACAAGGCGAUAAACAAAGGAUGGUCAUCUUGGAUGUCAUGGAGAGGACGACCGAAAACAUGCAGUAUCGAAAUAUCGCUACAGUCAAAAGGGUCAUCGAAACAGUAUGGGUACAAAAGGAUUUGUAUGCUGAAGAUAUGAAUUAUGUUAGGAAGCUGGGUGUUAUUCUGAGCUCGACUCAUAAGUCGGUACCAGCGUUUAUAUAGACUUGAAAGGAAAGGACUGUUUGAUACCAGAUGUCUAGAUUGGCAGAAACUCAUGCAUCUUAUGCGAUCACCGUUAGGUAUAACGAACUCUUAACAAAUCUGUGAAUUGUUACUAAAAGAUUGACUACCA